GUAGAUUUAAGUGCGUAUGUAACAGUAUUUGUUAUUAAUUCCCUAUAAACUUAAAUAUGUUUCAUAAUUUUUUGUGGUAUAAAGCAGAGUGUUAAUAAAGUUUUACGUUAUGGCGGAUUUUACACCUUUCUACGUCGACAGAGCGAAAGGCGGACGAGCAUCAUGCAAAGUUUGCAAAGGAAAUUGCCAAACUGGAGAACUACGCUUUGCCAAGAUUGUUGCAAGUCCAUAUGGCGAAAAUCAGCAAAUGAAAUCAUGGCAUCAUGUGGAUUGUUUCAUGACGGCGUUAUUAAAACAACGUCCAGCCACCAAACGUAUAGACUCCAUCGACGACAUUGGGAACUGGGACAGUGUAACCAAGGAAGAUCAAAAGUUUUUAUUAAAGAAAAUAAAUGAAAUGGAAAAACUUUAUGCUGAGAAAAACAGCGGGAAAUAUACAGCGAAAGUAAUAAAGAAUGAGUCAAAAGCGCCUCAAAUUAGCACUGAUACUACUGACAUUACUAAUACAAAAGCAUUGCAAACACAAAGUAUAAAAACUAAUGAUAACAUGUUCUCAACAUUCUUUAAUCUUUGUAAGAAAAUAUCAAAGGUAGAUGCAUAUACAGAAAAAACAGCAGUUGUUAAUAAUUUUUUUCGUAAAGGCACAGACAAUAACUUGUUCAAUGGUGAUUUAUUAUUAUGGUGUAAAUUGUUAUUGCCACAGGUUACUAAAAGGGUUUACAAUUUGAAAAGUAAACAGAUAAUCAAAUUGUUCUCCAAAAUAUUUAGUACAGAUCAUUAUGACAUGCUUAUAGAUCUUGAACAAGGUGAUGUAGCUCAGACUGUUCAAAAUUUCUUUACCAAAGCUAAUUCUGUCAUACCGGCCCAUGAGAGUACUCUAACAAUACAUGAUGUUGAGAAUUUCCUUGAAGAUCUUUCUAAAUUGACAAAAGAGGAAGAACAAAUAUAUCACUUUAAAAAAAUUGUUAAAAAAUGUACUCAGGAUGACAUACUGAUGUUAAUUCGGCUUAUCAAAGGAGACUUGCGUAUAAAUGCGGGCCCAAAACAUAUUUUGGAGGGUGUUCAUCCAGAUGCUUACAAAGCUUUUCAAACAUCAAGAGAUCUGAGCAUGGUAUUAGAUAGAGUUUUGUCUAACACCACGGGUGUGAAACACAAGGACUCAUCACAUGAUAAUGUCCGAGCUAAAAUAAUCCUUAUGACUCCUGUCCUUCCCAUGUUAGCGGAGGCCUGUAAAUCAGUUGAAAUGGCAAUGAAGAAAUGUCCAAAUGGAAUGUUUUCCGAAAUCAAAUAUGAUGGGGAGAGAGUACAAGUGCAUAAAAAAGGGAAUGAGUUUAAGUAUUUUUCACGAGCUUUGAAACCUGUUAUGCCACAUAAAAUUAGUCAUUUUAAGGAUUAUUUACCUCAAGCAUUUCCUGAGGCUGUUGAUCUGAUUUUAGAUGCUGAAGUUUUGAUGGUCGAUACCAAUACUGGUAAACCAUUACCAUUUGGUACACUUGGUAUUCAUAAGCAGUCAAAGUUUAAGGAUGCACAGGUCUGUCUGUUUGUAUUUGACUGUUUAUAUUAUAAUGAUAAGGUUCUUAUAGAUCUGCCUAUACGAAAAAGAAGACAGUUCUUAAUUGACAAUAUGGUUGAAGUAAAAAAUCAUGUAAUGAUUUCUGAACAGCAGCACAUUGAGAAAGCAGCGGAUUUGGCAACAAUGAUUGCAGAGGUGUUGCAGCUUGGGUUAGAAGGAUUAGUAUUGAAGGAUCUAGAGUCUACAUAUGAGCCUGGUAAACGGCAUUGGUUAAAAGUAAAAAAGGAUUAUCUAUUUGAUGGAGCAAUGGCAGAUACAGCUGAUCUCGUUGUUCUGGGAGCUUGGUUUGGCUCUGGGAAGAAAGGCGGUAUGAUGUCAGUUUUUCUGAUGGGAUGUUUUGACGAGUUACGAGACCGAUGGGUCACUGUGACAAAAGUGCAUACUGGUCACGAUGAUAGCACUUUGGAAAGACUCCAAGUGCAAUUAGAGCCUCUCAUGUUAAAAAUAUCUCAAGAUAAUACUAGAAUACCUUCAUGGCUGGACUGCAAUAAAGGACUGGUUCCUGAUUUUGUAGCGAAAGAUCCGAAAAAACAACCUGUGUGGGAAAUAACUGGUACUGAAUUUACCAAAGCAAACAUACAUACAGCAGAUGGUAUUUCUAUUAGAUUUCCAAGGGUAACAAGAAUACGAAAAGAUAAAGACUGGACAACCGCUACCAACUUGAAAGAACUAAAGCAUUUAUAUAAAACGUCAAAAGAAAAGACAGACGUAACCCUUUUGAAUAAUCUAGCUGUAACAGCUUCCCAGAAUUCAGUGUCACCGAAAAAUAAAAUAAAAGACAGUCCAAAAGCCAACAAAAUAGAUAAAUUUCUUACAAAACAAGAUAAAACAUCACCGGUGAAAAAGAAAUUUCAAAAAGAUGAUUCUAAUACUACAAUCACGUCGAUAAAGAGUGAAUCUAGUUUUGAGGAGACUGAAUGCGCACAAACAUUCAGUAAUUCCAAUACUACACCUAAAAAGAGAAUGAAUCAAAGCGAUAUAAAGGAAGAAAUGAUAUCACCAUUUAAAAAGAAGAAAAGGAACAAGAAUACCCUUGACGUAUCGGAUGAAUGCGAUAAUAAUAUAAACUGUGAUGAUGUUGACAGUAAAAAGGAUAUAAAGAUACAGUUGUUACCUGAUAAUCCUUUGCCUGAUGUAUUCAAAGAUAAAAGAUUAGGUUUCUACCCGGAUUUCAUUAGUUUUCCAGAGGACGAAAGAAAACAUUUCGAAAGACAUUGGAUAGCAUAUGGCGGUAUAGUAGAUAAAUCGAUACGCAAUAUGAAGGCUGAUUUUGUCGUUCAUAUAAACGAUGAGAUAAGCUUUAAGAAAAUGACGAAAUUAAAAAGAAAUUUACCGGAUCAUGUUAGGCACGUCAAUAAGAAUUGGCUUAUAAGAUGUAUUAAUGAUAUUAAAUUGUGUGAUGUUAUUAAUUAUACAGUUACCGUUAAACCAUAAAUUUAUAAUAAAUUAUAUUAGAACAUAGUUAAGCGCAAAUUGUUUGUGGUAUUUUAAUAAAAGCUAAAUCGUUGUAAUCUCACAGGCGAUGUAUUAACAAAACGCUUUAUUUUCUAAUAGCUUUAUUAAUACAUAUAUUUUCGAAUAAUUGUGAAUCUUCUAUAAGUAUCGUUAUGAAUUGUUAUUGUUUUUAUACAAUCGUCACAUGUGUGAGUGUAAAA